AUGAGGCCACAGAAGGGGCAGGAUGAGUGGGGCAAUGGUCUGGAGGCAAUGCAGAGAGCUCUGCAGAUGGAGAAGGAUGUGAACCAGAGUCUGCUGGAUCUGCACAAACUGGCCUCUGGCCACACGGACCCUCAUCUGUGUGACUUCCUGGAGAGGCACUACUUGGAUGAGCAAGUGAAGAUGAUCAAGAAGCUGGGAGAUCACAUCACCAACCUGAAGAGACUGGGAGCCCCUGACAAUGGCAUGGGAGAGUACCUGUUUGACACUCUCUCACUAGGGGAGAGCGACUGAACUGACUGCAGGGAAUGGGUACUUAUGGUGUUAUUCAGUCAAAUGGCUCAUGUCUCUCAUGGUGGUGACC